ACGGACCAAUCGGAAAGGUGAGGGGGCGGGGACUGAGUCGCCGGCUGUUUUGGGGGUCAUUGGCUCAGUCGGAGAAAAGGCGCUGAAGGACACAUCGUGUCCCACCACUCCUGCUUUAGGAUGACCCGAGACGUGGGUCUUGACGAUGAGCUUCCAGAUUGGGCAGGAGCCAAGGAGUUCUACCAGAAGUAUGACCCCAAAGAUGUCAUUGGCAGGGGGGUGAGCAGUGUGGUCAGGCGAUGCGUCCACAAGCAAACAGGUCAAGAGUAUGCAGUGAAGAUCAUUGAGGUAACCCCAGAGCGUAUGACCCCACAGCAACUGGAAGAAGUGCGCUCGUCAACAGGCAAAGAGAUUGCCAUCCUGCGCCAGGUCUCUGGCCAUCCAUUCAUCAUUACCCUUAUAGAUUCCUAUGAGACCUCCACCUUCAUGUUCCUGGUAUUUGACUUGAUGAGACGUGGAGAGCUUUUUGACUACCUUACUGAGAAGGUAACCCUCAGUGAGAAAGAGACCAGGUGCAUCAUGCGAGCCCUCUUGGAGGCCGUGAGCUACCUUCAUGCCAACCACAUCAUUCAUCGAGACCUCAAGCCCGAGAACAUCCUGAUGGACAAUGACCUCAACAUCAAGCUCUCGGAUUUUGGCUUCUCCUGUCACUUGGAGCCUGGGGAAAAGCUGCGGGAGCUGUGUGGAACUCCAGGCUACUUGGCCCCAGAAAUCCUAAAAUGCUCUAUGGAUGAAACUCACCCUGGAUAUGGGAAGGAGGUGGACCUUUGGGCCUGUGGAGUCAUCUUUUUCACACUCUUGGCCGGCUCUCCUCCUUUCUGGCACCGCAAGCAGAUGCUGAUGCUUCGGAUGAUCAUGGAAGGACGCUAUCAGUUUGGUUCUCCUGAGUGGGAUGACCGAUCGGACACAGUCAAGGAUCUAAUUUCGCGGCUGCUACAGGUGGAUCCGGCAGAACGCUUGACAGCUGAGCAGGCUCUGCAGCACCCUUUCUUCCAUCGCUAUGGGAAGGAGUGCCGGCACUUCAGUCCAUAUCACAAAUUCAGAGUCAUUGGGUGGACUGUGCGGGCUUCCAUCCGCAUCUUCUCCAACUACCGACGAGUGCGGCCUGUCACCAAGGAGCUGCUGCUGUGUGACCCCUAUGCGCUCAAGGGGAUACGCAAGUUGAUUGAUGCAUGCGCCUUCCGCAUCUAUGGGCACUGGGUCAAGAAGGGCGAACAGCAGAACCGAGCUGCCCUCUUUGAAAACGUCCCAAAGGCCAUCCAGCUUGUCUUGCUCAGCGCGGAAAGCGAGGAAGGCCCCUCAUCCACUGUGGACGACGCUCCCAACUAAGGAGCAUAUGACUGCUCUUCGCACUGCUGGGAAGAGGAGGACUGGCAGCCAGCUACUGUAAAGGGGAGAGGCAGGGGCUGCUCCAUGGACUGCUCCCCUAUCUCUUCUCAGCCAAAUAGCAAGCCGUCGAGCCCUCCCCUGAGAGGUGUGCUUGCCCUUGCAUGCAAAAGGGUCCAGUUUUCUAGGGAACAAGCAGGGUCUUUGGGAACCUUAGUUUCUGGCAGAUGGGAACAAGGCCUCCUUAACAUCUCUGGAAAGACCAAGGGACCUUAGAUCUAUGUAGGCAGGAAUACAGAGCAUCAACAUUGUUUUAUAUGAAAGUAUUAGGUAGACUUUGGGGAAGGAAGUGCAGGAACUGAAGCUUUUGUAUUUCAGCUCUCCAGUUCUCACUUCUCCAAGUACAUGUUUUUAUCAUUGCUGACGGAACAAGCAUCAUGUGCUGUCAGUGUGGGUGGGACUGGGGUCAGAUUAUUAAUAUUCCCUCAAUUUCCAUUUGUAAUGAGAAUUGGGCUUGGCCCUUCUCUGUAGGAUCAUGUCAUUGUUGUGGCUGUAACAUUCCCUUACCCACUCCCCUCUAUGAUGCCAGAAUUGGAAUAAAAAAUAGGACAAGACCAAAUCUGAUCUUUGACUGGGGCUUCCAUCUCAUCCCAAGGCAGGGGUGUGGCAUUUCUAUUGGGAGAGGAUGUUGCCAGAAGGGAAUGUAGGGAUAAAUGUCUACUUCAAUUUCUGGCUAAAAGACUUGAGUAUGUGCUAAUACAGCAGAACAUGAAGGAAAUGGAAGGUGAAUGGGGGUGUACUGAUACUGGGUGCCAGGCACAGAGUGUUUAGCUCUAGAAGACAGGAUCUGUCUUCCAAACAGGGAUUGCAGGAGAAAUCUAGAGAAAGCCACUGUCACAGUCUCACUUGAGUACUUCAUCCAACUAAACCUGUAGAAGUGGGCAACAUGGGGCUUUCCAGAUAUUACUAUAUUGAUAUUGUUGAACUGCAGCUCCCAUCACUCCUCACAAUUUGUUGUGCUGGCUUGGGCUGAUGGGAAUUGCAACCCAUGAGCAUUUGGAGGGCCACAAGUUGCCGCUCCUCUGUUGUGAGGGAGAUUUGAAUAGCCACAUUCUGAAUAGUAUUCCCCACAUUCAGCAGUUCUGCUGGCAGUGGGAAUACUGUAUUUUCCCAGCAAUGCGCUGUCCCGG